GGGUCACCACUCACCAAAAGGUGUUUGUUUUUGUUUUUGUUCCGGGAUUUCUGUCUACUGAUUACAUAUGUGACUAGAUAAAUUAAAAAGAUGAAUAUAAAAUAGUUAAUACAAUACAAUUCACGUUUUCAUGUGUUUACUAAAAUGACUUUAUCCGAGUACAGUAAAUUAAAACAACAAGUUGUAUACAAUGUGGGAACCUGCGAGAAACACGAUCGAAUACUCAACCAGAUAAAAAGCCUUUACAAAGACGAUAUCGAUUCUAGUAGAAGAUUCGAACAAAUAAACACAAUUGGGCAAUUACUCCGAAUUUUAGAAAUAAGAGAAGUUUUAUCAGAAGAUAAUAUUUCACCAUUAAAAGAAAUAGCUUGGUUGAUACAAAGCAAUGAUUUGCUAAAAAGUAUUAGUGAAUAUGAAUUAUCACAUGUUCCUAGAACGUAUAUGAAUUAUUAUGCAACUACUAACCACAAUGUAUCAAAAUCAGAAUCCAUAGACAGUAUACCAAAAGGUCAUCCAUACGGAAAUAUAAGUGCAAGGAAAAAGGCAAGAAUAAAUGAAACAAUAGUUGAAGAAAUUGGAACAUACUGGAGAGAUCUUGCCAGAAACUUGAAAAUACAAGAAAAAAGAAUUGAUGAAAUUGAUACUCGAAAUAACACAUUGGCUGAAAAAGCCAUACAAUUACUUAAAAUAUAUGAACAUAAGGCAGAUCCACAAAGGGGAUUUUAUGCGCUCUGUGAUGCUUUGGAAAAAGCAAGGAGAAAAGACUUGAGUAAAACAUUACAGGAAAUAAUGGUUAUGAACAUUUAAGUCAUUUGUUGAGACAAUAAUAACAUGUUACAAUAUAAAAAAUUUAUUUUUUUUAACAUAAAAAAAUUUAUAAUAAAAACUUAAUAAUAACAGGAAUGUUAGAAUGGAACAUUUUCAUAAUAUAUUCUUUAAUUUUUAUAA